CACCUGGCAACCCAGAUCAUCCUAUUCUGGCAACACACACUACGGCUGUUCAGCAGCUAGCUACUUCUCCGUGACCGUCUGCACGGUGACCCGACACAUCCGCUUAUAUUCAACGCCUUCGAGCAUUAUGUCGGCUAGUGACAAUGACUCGGACGAUUUGACCAGAACAGACUCCCCAGUUCAUCACAGAAAAAAACACAGCAUGGAGGCUUCUCGAUCUCCAAGAAGCUCUAAACACCACCAUUCACGGUCGAGGUCACGCUCCCGGGACAGAAAACGUGACAGAAAAAACAGACGGAGUCGCAGCAGGAGCAAGGAGGCACGAAAGAGGGACUCUGAGAAGCCAGCCAAAUCACACAGAAAAACAGACGAGCAGGAAGAGCCAGAGAGACUCUCCGCUGAGAAAGGCGAGGAGCGGUCCAGGCGCAAAGACAGAAAGCCCUCCAAAGGCCGAAGCGUGUCCAGGUCACACUCCAGAGAGAGGCGGCAUCACAGCAAAAGUAAAGACAAGCGGCGAUCGAGAUCACGCAGCCGGGACAAGAAGAAGAAGGCCCGGUCUCGCUCAGGUUCAAGGACCAAACAUCGUCAUCACAGCAGAAGUCGCAGUAAGAGCAGAGAGCGAAAGAAGAGGAGCGAGAAAGUGCGCAAAAAGAGUCGCAGUACACCCGUUAAUCCGCCUGCGUUCCGGGGCCGAAACACAGCAAUGGAUGCACAAGAGGCUCUGGCCAGGAGACUGGAGCGAGCCAAGAAACUGCAGGAGCAGAAGGAGAAAGAAAUGUUUGAGAAGCAACAGCAGCAGCAGGAGAUAGCUGCAGUGACUGCACCCAUUGCAGUAGCUGCUGCUGCUGCAGCCGCAGCUGCCUCGAACCCGGGCCUCAACGUUGCAGCCCUGCUGGCUUCUGGGACGCAGGUGACGCCUCAGAUUGCCAUGGCAGCGCAGAUGGCUGCCCUUCAAGCGAAAACACUGGCAGAGACUGGCAUCGCUGUGCCCAGCUACUACAACCCAUCGUCCGUAAAUCCCAUGAAGUUUGCAGAGCAGGAGAAAAAGAGGAAGAUGCUAUGGCAAGGAAAGAAAGAAGGGGUCAGAGACAAGUCCCAGACAGCUGAGCUAUGGGAGAAGCUGAACUUUGGGAACAAGGACCAAAAUAAUAAAUUUCGCAAACUAAUGGGUAUUAAAGAUGAUGAAGCCGAAGCUCCCAAACCACUAAAUGACGAGGGCAUGCAGACUCUUCAGAAGCAGGAAGAGAUGUUUAGGAACCUCGACGUUCAGUACGAGAUGGCUCGCUCGCAGACGCACACCCAGAGGGGAAUGGGCCUCGGCUUCACCUCCUCCUUCUCCCGCGGGAUGGAUUCUAUUUAGAGCUAGACGUCCGGUGUCCGCUGUGUGUGCCACACUCGUCUGAUCAUAUAGGACCAUAAACUCAUCGCUAGCCUUCAAGCUUGCAUGGAUGUUGCUCUGAAAUCUGCAAUUAAUUUAAUGACAAGUAUCUUACACAUUUGAACAUUUUCGUGUAAAUAGCCGGAUGCUGAGUUGGUCUCAGUGAUUGUGAAUCUGUACAUCUACCAAAAGAAAGCAUCAGGUGGACUGCUCGAUGCUGGUUACAGUUAGAUAUUUGUUUGACUAAUGUGGUAGCUUUUUUUAACCUCAAAUAUAUGUUAAUAUGUGAUUGUUUGAACAUACGACUGAAUAUAAUGUGGUUUAAGUGCACACUGUUUACAUCCUUUUUAAAGAAGGUGUCUGAAGUCGAUCUAGAAUGGUCUGAAUCCCAGAGGUUUGUGUUUCCUGCUGGAGACAGCGAGUUAUAAAAGACACUGUCUCCAGCAGACAAAGAUGUGCGGGAGAGGAGGAAUCACAUGUUUCAGAUGUUAAAAAUAAAUUAGUUUUGUGUCUAAUA